ACCGCCAGCUUACACCUGCGCGACUGGGCGCUGUCGCCAAACCUAAAAACUAGCAGUUCACGUAACGCAAGGUCCAGCUCCUGUUUUGCGCCCAAAGGCCCAACCGCGCUCAUGGAUAUUGAACAUGUACCGCUCGGCCCGGGCGAGCAGCCGCUGCCGUUGCUGCAGCUGCCAUCACUAUGCCUCACCCGCAUUAUGCACCUGCUGCCGUUCCAGUCCUGCUUGCUUCUGAGCGUCGUCUGCCGCGAGUUGCGCGACCUCGUCCAGCGCGAAAUCCUUCGUGGCGUGCGCAGCCUGGCCUUCGACAACCUGCCCGGCACGCACGUGGGCGAGGCCCUGGCCUGGACCUUCCGCUCCUCCAACGCGCCGCACCUGCCCUUCCUGCGCUCCGUCUCCGCCAGCGGCUCGGCGGCGCUGCAGCCGCUGCUGGCGGCCGCCGCCAGCCAGGCGGCGGUGCUGCGGCAGCUGACCAGCCUGCAGCUGGACUGCGUCAAGCAGCUGCAGGAGACGCAGCUGGAGGCCAUACUCACGGCCUGCCCCAACCUGGAGGUGCUGAGCCUGCCGCGCUGCGGCCGCCUGGGCGACGCCGCCGCGCAGGCCGUGGGCCGACUGCUGCCGCGCCUGCGGGUGGCCAACUGCAGCGACUGGUCGGCGCUGGGGGACGGCGGCGUGGCGGCGCUGGCGCUGGGCUGCAGCGGCCUGGAGGACGUGGCGCUGGACGGCUGCCUCCGGGUGGGCUCGGAGUCGCUGGCACUUCUGGCGCGCGUCUGCCCCCGGCUGCGGCGGCUGUCCAUCUCCAAGUCCUACGCCGUCACGGACAGCGCACUGGAGGCCCUGGGCGUGGCGGCGGCGGCGGCGGCAGUAGCAGCCGGAGGCAUCGGCAGUAGUGGGGCGGGCGCGGCAGGGUGCGGCAUCCAGGAGCUGCUGCUGCGGCAGUGCCCGCGCGUGUCCCUGGUGGGGCUGCUGGGCCGCUGCCGCGCACUCACGUCUCUGGACUUGAGCGGCUGCCCGCGGGUGGAGACGUCGGCGCUCCGCUCCAUGCUGGCCGGCUGCGGCGGCGGCCUGACCAGCCUGCAGCUCAACGGCUGUGUGGGUGUGGGCGGCGAGGCGCUGGUGGGGUUGGGCGCCGCCUGCCCGCGGCUGGCGCGGCUCAACCUCCGCGGCCUGACGCUGCAGGACUGCCACCUGAGGGACCUGGCUGCGGACUGCUCCACGUUGCAGUCGCUGUCACUGGCCUGGUGCACCAAGAUCACGGACGCCGGGCUGGCGCCGCUGGUGGAGCGCAACCCGGGGCUGCAGGACCUGGACAUGGAGGCGCUGUACCUGUGCAGCGACGCGCUGCUGGGCCGCCUGGCCGCCGCCGCCCCACGCCUGGACCGCCUGUGCAUACGCAUGUGCCACCGCCUGUCCGCCGCAGCCAUCGUGGACCUGGUGCGGGCCACGCGGAUGUCGGCGCUGCUGGUGAGCGGCAUCAUGGACGAGGCGGGCACACUGGACCUGGUGGCGCGAGUCAAGGCGGCCCGGCCCGGCUGCACCAUGCACUGGUAGCGGGCUGGCGGGCUAGGAGGGCUGUAGUGGGCUGGAGGGCUGGCGGAGGUGGGGGUUUGGAGGGGUGGCGGAGCGCCCUCUCGCGGGAGGAGGCAGGUAUGGCUAGGGCUGCAUGGGUCGGCGCUCGGCCGCCGUCGGCACGUCCCGAAUGGAAGGUUGGCAGACAGCUGGGUGUCUUGGUUCCUUGCUGGGUGGUGGUGUUGCUGGGUGUGAUGGAGCAGGUUAUUGCGCCAAGCAUGCGUACUGCUACUGGUGGGCGUUGCAAAGCUGUACAUACUGUUCGCAUACGAAAUGCGGAACCGAACAAAAUGUGUGGUGGCGAGUUGCAGGAGCAAAACGGGGCCGUUGUGACCUGGGCGUAGCGUCAGGAGUAUUCGUAUGUAUAAUGACGAGUGCAUGUCACGACUGAUUAUUGCUCGUAUUUGUGAACGUUAAUAUGAUUCCAUUGUGUGCAAAAAGGAGGGUCCUUGUCUGGUGGAAGGACCAAGAACGGCGGAUCGCACGGUUGGCGGCGCAGGGUUGGGGGGGGGCAGUUCUUGCACACACAGGCUGCGAUGGCUUUCCGCGCCGACUGGCCAAUGUAAGCCUUGAAGGCC